CACAUCGUCACCGUCACAGAAAUCAGUCAAGAUGCAGAUUUUCGUGAAGACCCUGACGGGCAAGACCAUCACCCUCGAGGUCGAGUCUUCGGACACCAUCGACAAUGUCAAGUCCAAGAUCCAGGACAAGGAGGGCAUCCCCCCGGAUCAGCAGCGAUUGAUCUUCGCCGGCAAGCAGCUCGAGGAUGGCCGAACCCUCUCCGACUACAACAUCCAGAAGGAGUCUACCCUCCACCUGGUCCUCCGUCUCCGUGGUGGUAUCAUUGAGCCUUCGCUCAAGGCUCUUGCCUCCAAGUUCAACUGCGACAAGAUGAUCUGCCGCAAGUGCUACGCCCGUCUCCCUCCCCGUGCCACCAACUGCCGUAAGCGCAAGUGUGGUCACACCAACCAGCUCCGACCUAAGAAGAAGCUCAAAUAAACGAUUACUUCAUGGAUGUGGCGUCUGGGAUUUGGCAUUUGGGGGUCGAUGGCGAGGACAGAGGAGAGCUUUCUUUUGUUCACACGAGGCUGGUUUUUUAUUAAAAUAGCAUGUGCAGCUCCGGCAAUACAUUCUAGAUGAUGCCCAUAUGACGAUGUGCCGUGCCGGAAGGUGUCCCGGCCAGACCCCUCAAAAGAAAUAAACAGCAUUCAAGCUUGGAACAAUGCUUGUGCAUCGAAAUGACCGUGGUUGUGGGCAAGGAGCUCGGCUUUGCGCCUCCUGACUCUGUAGAAAUAAAUGCCACAGAAUUGGAGGGUUAUAAAGAAGCACGCUUUGCGAUCAUCGCAUCGUGC